GCGGGCGAGCAGCGUGCGGGGGAGGGGAGGCGGCGGGCGCCGCCGCGGCACGGCGCCAGCCCGGCACCUGGUCCCCCCCGCCUGGCCUGCCCUCGCGGGGCCACAGGCCGCCCGCACGCAGAGGGGCCCUCGGAGCGGCGGCGGCGGGGAGCUCCCCGGAGCGCGGCCGGCAUGAGCCAGGUGCCGAGGAAGCUGCAGGAGGAGGAGGCGGGGGACGAGGAGGAAGAAGAGGAGGAAGAGAUCGUGGGGCUGGCGGGCUACGGGGACGGGGCCGAGUCCUUCUCGGAUGGGGACGUGGAGAGCGGCGGCGACGAGACGUUUUUGGAUUUCAAUGAUCCCUUCAGUACUGAAGUUAAGCCAAGAAUCCUGCUCAUGGGAUUGAGAAGAAGUGGGAAGUCAUCCAUUCAGAAAGUUGUCUUUCACAAAAUGUCACCAAAUGAGACCCUCUUCUUGGAGAGCACAAACAAGAUCUGCAGAGAGGAUGUUUCCAAUAGCUCCUUUGUCAACUUUCAAAUAUGGGAUUUUCCUGGGCAAAUUGACUUCUUUGACCCUACAUUUGACUAUGAGAUGAUUUUUAGAGGCACAGGAGCACUGAUAUUUGUUAUUGAUUCUCAGGAUGAUUAUAUGGAAGCAUUAGCUCGGCUACAUCUUACUGUGACCAGAGCCUAUAAAGUGAAUCCAGACAUCAACUUUGAAAUCUUUAUCCAUAAAGUGGAUGGCUUAUCUGAUGACCACAAGAUUGAAACGCAAAGAGAUAUUCACCAGAGGGCAAAUGAUGACCUUGCAGAUGCUGGAUUGGAGAAGAUUCACCUCAGCUUUUAUCUGACAAGCAUAUAUGAUCAUUCUAUAUUUGAAGCCUUUAGCAAAGUGGUACAGAAACUGAUUCCACAGCUCCCAACACUGGAAAACCUACUUAACAUCUUUAUUUCAAAUUCUGGGAUUGAAAAAGCAUUUUUAUUUGAUGUAGUCAGUAAAAUCUAUAUUGCAACGGACAGUACUCCAGUGGAUAUGCAGACUUACGAGCUCUGCUGUGAUAUGAUAGAUGUUGUGAUUGACAUAUCUUGUAUAUAUGGGCUCAAAGAUGAUGGCACUGGGACUCCUUAUGACAAAGAAUCAAUGGCAAUCAUAAAACUGAACAAUACAACUGUCCUUUAUUUGAAAGAAGUGACAAAAUUCCUUGCUCUUGUUUGCUUUGUAAGAGAAGAAAGCUUUGAGAGAAAAGGAUUAAUAGACUACAAUUUCCAUUGUUUUCGAAAAGCCAUACAAGAAGUAUUUGAAGUGCGAAUGAAAGUAGUGAGAUCUCGAAAACAUCAAAGCCACAUGAGAAAAAAUAAAAGACCUACCCCCAAUGGGACACCAAGAAUGCCACUGUAACUGAGGCUUACUGGCAGGUGGAGAGCAAAGCUUUUCUUCAAGUUGAUGUGACUGCUGCAUCUCAUUGCACUGAGUGAAGAGGAAGACAGAUGGGACUGAUGUAUUAUAUGAAUUUUCCCUGACCCUUCAGAAAGCACUGUUUAAAUAUUUUUAUCCAAUCAGUUUUUUUCAUAUAGUAAGCACUUUGAGCAAAAUGUUGUAUAUAUAGGCAUUGAGGUGAACACUUGUAAGAAUUUUCUUAAUAUAUGCUGUAAAUCUUUUUCAUGCCAUAUUAAGAAAAAUUAGCUGUGACAGAAAUACUGGGUACAUAAUUUGCACUUUUUCAUGUUUUCCUUGUGGAGUUGAACUUUGAUAAACUUAGUUUUUAUGGUGAUUUUGAUGCAUGGUGUCAGGUAAAAUGUUUGCUGUAGUUUAUUUACCUGCUAAAAUCAAAUUGGUUAGUAAACAAUCAAGAAAACUUGAUAUAAUGCCUUUUAAAAUUUGUGACAGCUAAUACUGAACAUUCAUACAGAACUAAUUUAAUAUAUUUUUCAAUUUGUAAACUGAAGAAUUAUUUUGAAGUAUGAUAGCAAUAAGCACCUUGCCAGAGAUCAUAACUGGUAGGUAAAUAUUAGCUUUUAUAAAACAGGCUUUUGGCCAAAUUUUACCCGGAGUUCUCCACAACACUGGUAAUACGCUCUGCUGGGUCUAUUUUUAUUCUUUACCUCAACGUAUACCACUAAAAUACCUUUCUAUAAAGAUAACUGUUUUGUAAAAAGGCUCUAUAUUGGUGUUGGUAUUGAUGUUGUUGACAUUGGUAUUUUUAUAAGGCUGUGGGAGAGGAUGGUGUAUGUGAAAAAUUGAAUUUACUGGUAGGCUUGUUUUGAGAGUCUGUGCAUCUGCAGUUGGUGUAGUGAAGAAUCUGUAUGUUUCUUCAUCAUGCCAGUACAAAAACUUCAGAUGUACUGAUAGGAAGUUCUAAAGAUUUUUGCACUGGGUAGCCCUAAUAGGGGUACAUCUGCUAUUGAAAUCCAAAGAGAUCUUUAACGUGAGGACUGGAGAAUCUACCUGCUGUAGUAAUCGGCAUAGAUAAGUGCUUUUUAUUUUAAUAUUGAUCAUGGGUAGAUUUACCACAGGAUCAACCAGGACACCAGAGCACUUUCAAGAAGAAGUAAAACUUACCUUCUGAAUUCCAUAUUCACUGGUUUUGUUUAAUUAAUGAUAAAAAAUUCUAGUUCCUAGUGGGAAGAACAGCUCUGGUGAGGGGAACUAUGCUUUGCCCAAUCAUCAGCUAAACUGCCCCUAGCUGAAACAGCUGUGGAGACAAAAGCAAUUGAUUGAUUGAAUUUGAAAGCUUUUACUAUUUUUAUUUUUUUCCAGCUAAAGCAAAGCAUAGUGCUGCAUCUUUAAUUAUGAUUCUGAGUCCCUGGUGUUUGCUAGCUUCUCUGGAAAAAGAAGAGGAUUUUAGUCUAUGAUAAACAAGCCUAAAUUCAACAGUGGUUUCAAUGUAAAUGCAAAGUUCCUGUAUGCUAUGUAUGGCAUGUUGACAGAUCUUCAGGCUAUGGUGCUGCACUGAAUACAUAAACUAGAAGAACCAGUUGGCACUGAAUGCAAAGACUCUAUCUACCUGAUCAUCAGCCUAAAGAGAGACCAUGGUUUCCAAUCCUUUACUGCUGCCUGAUGCACAUUGCUUUGCUUAUUUAUCUUCUGCAACAUAUUGGCUCUUUUGUCAUGAGUCUAUCAAAUAUAUAUGGAGUUCUUAGAAAAGGGGGUUAGUCAAUAGAUGGAGCUGGGCUGUUAGUCUCGCUUGAUAAGUAAUGCAGUUUGGGUUGCUCAGGAAGGUGGGAAACAGCGUAAAUAGCCAGAAAUGUUGGUCCUGGUGCCAGUGUGAAGGAUAAUGACAGCCCCUGUAACAUAAGCAGAGUGUGGCAAAACUACAAAGAGUUCAAAUUCUUAGGAGUUCAGUCUUCUUAGGAGAGGGCAGCUCUUCUGGCCAGCCUCUCCAUUAGAGUUUUCCUCUCAGUACACUACACUGAUGAUGGGGAGUAGCUGUCUUCUGGCAAAUCUGUUCCACAGUACCUUCACUGAAGGGCAGUCUUUCUUUUUUCUUUUUUAUUUUUUUUUAACCCACCAUUUUUUUUUAAAUCCAUCUUUGUGACCCAGUCUUCUCCCUUGCCUCUUUUCAGGUAUGUGUGAAUAUGAGACAACCUACCAGGCUGCGUCAUUUGUUGGACCAGAUACUUGAAAGAGUAGCAGUGUCAUUUCAUACUGCCUAUGGUAUGAAUCAUGACUAAAGAAUGUGGUUUCUGUAUGUUUGGCCCUAUGUGUGAGCAUUCCUAGUUUACAUCUACAUAACCAUGUAUACCCUUAUAUUUAGAGAGACUUUCACCUUAUUUGAGCCCUUCAUUUACCAUUACCAUUAAGUUAUCUCUGAUAGUUAAUCUAAAGUUAUUUUUAUGGUUUAAUUUUGGUAUUUCCCAGUUUAGGCAAUGACAAGUGUGUUUCACUUCUAGUCAUUUUCUAGUCAGUACUUCAGAUUUUCAUGUACUAGCUGAAGUGAUGGAACAGUGAGGCAUGCAAGGGUUUUUUUGUUCUUGAAGAACAUCUUAUUCUGUCUCUUGUUCUUUCUUUUAAAUUUUAUUGAGGUUCUAGUUUUUAUUUUCAAGGGAAAAAACAUCCCUUAUGCUACAGGACCUAAUUCUGGCAUAGCACUGUAGAGAUACUUAUUUUUUAAUUGGAAAUCAUGCAAGAAGUAAACAAUUUCUGAGCUACAUAAUAUUUCCUAAAUGGCUGAUCUGUAAGUCUCCUUUUUUAUGUGUCAUCAGAUUUGCCUAAACGUGGGAGAAACCAUUAUUGAAGUGGCCAUGUCUCUUUAAAAUACUCUUAAGUUUGAACAGAUAAACCCACACCGACUUAGUGUCCCAUAGACGUCCCAUAUUCCUAAUCUCUGAAGCUGAACUGCUUCUAGCAACUUGCUGCAGUGGCAGAAGUCUCUAAAGUAAUUCAGUAGGCAGCUGCCCAGAGUACUUAAUGACACGGAUUCUUUGAGGAGUUAAAAUGUGUAAACAUGCACUGGGACAUGGGCUGUUGAAACUAUUAGAAUGCUUGGCAUGUCUUUCUAAAAAUCCUGUGAGUAUAGUUGUACUGUGCAUUAGCAUAGAAAUUUUGAAGUGUAAUCAGCAGGAGCAAACUACUCUGAUGAAGCAUAUUUCAAAUACAUCAUUGAGAGCUCAUCUGUGAUGUAACAGUUUUUUUCAUUAAAGCAUAAAAAUUCGAGGUUUUCUUUUCUUGCAGAUGAAACUGUACUACAGUGAUGAACUCUUAUGCUAAGGGAGCUGAUUCUGCCAAAGGAUUACAGAGAUUUUUUUUUUUUUAAUUAUGCAGAGCUAACAUUUUCUGAGUAGUGCAGACCUAUAAACCUCCUCCAUUCUUGCACAUCAUCAGAUUAAGUUGAAGGGUUGAAGCAAAUAACAAGAACAGGUCACGUAUUGUAGAAACUCUUUGCUUUAAUGAUACAUUUCUUGUCCCUUUCAUUUGCAAUAAUCACUGCAGAAUAUUUUUGUCUUACAUUGACUGGUGAGGGGUUUCUAUUUCCCUACUGAAUGGUAAGCACGGUGUUGCUAUAUAGUCAUUUUUUUGCUACUGCUACUUCCUCUCUGCCCUGUUCGAUAAAGAAAUUAAAUAGUUGACACCAGAAU